CCGUGUUGACAUCGACAUGUCUUCUCUUACGUCCGCAGAUAAGACGUAAAUACAGCCGGUUGGGGAACAUUAACUUCAUUCGUUUCGACGAUCUCAUCAUCGACUGAACUUAAAAAUGUCCGGUAGAGGAAAAGGCGGGAAGGGACUCGGUAAAGGAGGCGCCAAGCGUCACCGUAAAGUUCUCCGUGAUAACAUCCAGGGGAUCACCAAGCCCGCCAUCCGCCGUCUGGCUCGCCGCGGCGGAGUGAAGCGUAUCUCCGGUCUGAUUUACGAGGAGACCCGCGGUGUGCUCAAGGUGUUCCUGGAGAACGUGAUCCGUGACGCAGUCACGUACACCGAGCACGCCAAGAGGAAGACGGUGACCGCCAUGGAUGUGGUGUACGCUCUGAAGAGACAGGGCCGCACUCUCUACGGCUUCGGAGGCUAAACAACAACAACAACAACAACAACCUGCCAACAACACAACGGCUCUUUUAAGAGCCACACACUACUUCUAAAGACACACUUCCUGAUGUGAACAAGGCUGUUGCUUAAAUCAUUUUGGUUUAAACCGUUAGUAUGCAGUUACAACUUACUUAUGAUUUAAGUUGUUGAAAUUCCCCCCAUGGAAAAACUUUCAACAAGCAGAUUUUGUCCUAAGUUAUGUGAUCAUAGAUCCAUUGUGUUCAUGGAAUAUCAAAACCCGAACUAAUUAAUUGCCAAGUAGCCUGACAACGUGGUUGUUGACCAAUGUGGUUAUCAAACCUAGCUUUCCAUGUACAAUAGUCUUACAUUUCUCACCUGAUAGUUAAUGAUUUUAUUGUUGUAAAUUGCUUUUAAUAUACAUGUUUUAUAUGUUGGUUUUAUUGCUUAUGUUUUUAAUGUGCUGUAUGUGCUGGUUUUACUGUAAAGUGUCUUUGACUACCAUGUAAAGCACUAUAAAUGCAAUUUAUUAUAAUGUAUUGCACAGUAGGCCAACAGUGUGGUUGAACCUGACAUAGUUAUCAAACCUCCUAGCAAGAAGUCAGAUCUGGGACUAUUUUACUUUUCUGUUGAUUACUUAAUACUGAAACAAAUUGUGCUAAUAUGAAUUGUCUGACAGUACAUUUUUGCCAAUGGAAGUACAGAUGUUUU